UGUGUGAAGAAUAUCUCCACUAUCUUUGAAAGAUAAAACAAGGAGGAAGUUGUCAUCAAUGGCGGAUUAAUCGUUACUACAUUAACAGUUAAACGGUCAGUCAAGAUGGCGGAAAAUUCGUCUGGAAAGCGAAUGUCGAUAUCGUUUACUUUGCCAAUUUCAUGUCAAAUAUGCCUUGGAAAGGUGAAGCAGCCGAUCGUGUGUCCCAAUCACCACGUGUUCUGCAAUGCCUGCAUUGAAGUGUGGUUACAGCAUAACCAGCAGUGCCCAACAUGCCGUGUACCCAUCACGCCCGACAACCCAUGCAAACAGAUCAUUGGAGGACAAAAUCAGGAGAAUGAGAAUGAUUCCUACAUGUCCAGUCCUGCUCUCCGCAGAGCAAGAUUCGACAUCCUCUACCAAGAUUGUGAGAAUGAAAUCAAACGACUCCAGCAGGAAAACGAAAACCUCAAGAACUCCAACAGCCAACUACAAGAGCAGCUUGCCGACACCAAGAAAUAUCUUGCAUCCAGGUCGGAGAAAGCCUCCAACUCAACAGGUGCGGCACCUGUCAGCUCCCCAAACUCCAAGACCAAAGUGUGGAGGGAUUCUAGUCUGCCCUCUCCCAGAUCCUCACCCUCUGCCUCUAAGCUGAAGGGCAAAGGGAAAUGGGACGAGCCAACGUCUUUGUCACCGGGAAUGAAACGGGACCGGCAUGGCAGGCCCUCCUCAUCAAGCCAACAGGAUUGGAUCAACGGCUUGGAGUCAUCGUCACGCGAGGACGGGUCGGACAACGGCGAAGUCCUGUCUGCACUCAGGUCAAAGUUGAAACAAGCUACGCUGACGUACGAGAAAAUCAAGCAGGAUAUGGACAAACUGAAAGAGAAAAAUAUCAAGCUGAGUACUGAUAACCGGGCGUUGUUAACUGAGAAUGGUCGAUUGAAACAGGCUGCUGCCACUCGUUCACCACGCAAGUAUGAGAAGUAUACAUCCAUGGCCCAGCAGUCCAAACUUGAUUCCUGUCGACGUGAAGUCAGCCAGCUCAAGAGUGCCUUGGAGAGAAGCGACACCUACAUCGAAGAGCUGGAGACCGAAUUGGGAAACUACAAGUCUCUGUUUGGUUCCCUUCCUCGGAAGAGACCCUGUCAUGGGAAGGAAUCUACCGCAAGAACUUUGACAACUUCAACUGGAAGAGCUCAAAGUGCUGCUUCAGAACCAUCUGAGACUGAUCUUACUUUCAGGAGUAUGGAUAACAGUCUGGAUGAUACUAGUAAGUUUGUUCCCCCUGCAUCAUCGGGUGGAUGUUUGACUUAUCCGAGACCUCUUGCAGAUGAGGAUGUGGGCACAUCUUCCAGUGGAUCAAGACUCUUGCCAUUUGAUGGAAUCAGGGUACACAAUUCGGAUCGAUACCGAUUUACAUCCACCAAGAAAAGCGCCAGUGCAAAUUCACACUCGGGGAGACUCUCCAAGGAUGGCCGUAAGAGUUUAAGCGGGAACAAAGAGGCAAGUCGUGUGCUUGUACGUCCCAAGCCUGGAUCUGGAGCUGUUGGCGAGGGUUCAAGGAAAAAUGACAAAGAGCUUCUUGGCAGUGAUGACGAUUCAGAUCUGGACGAGCCUAGCCCAGUUAGAAGCACCCCAUCCACAGCUAUGGGAAAACUGACCUUGGAUUCUGCUAACAGAUCUCUGCGACCGUCAGCUCCUGAUGAGAGUCUUGAAUCGAAGUUUAAAAUCUCCCCGUCCUGCCACCGUCAACUUGACUUUGGACAGGACUCUCCCGAAAUCGCAGCAUUGCAAUUCUCACUUGAAAAAGCUGACACCCAUGGUCUGCUGCUGGAGGGCAACAUGGUUGAUGUAGGACCUCUGGAUCAGAAUGUUACCUUCUCUGAUCUGGACUUUACACUGACUUCUGAGAUCUCGGAUUGUGCCAAGCUCAUGAAAGAAGCGGAGAAGAGGGUGAAACAGAAACGGCUCAGCCAUCAGGAGGGAGAAGCAGGGUGUUCCAAUGCCGUAACUAAAACUAACAUCAAGGGUUUCAAGGGAUUCAAGUCCUUUGUGCCUUCCAAGAACAGUGAUCUUAUCAACAAAGACACAUGCUACUUCGCACCAAUCACACCUGCUCUGAACAAGGGGAAUAGUGAUCAACCAACAGGCACAGCUUAUUGUAAGAGCCUUCAUCUCAAAUCACAGGAUAUGAAGAUGGAUUUCGAUUCAGGAAAUACAAGGGUCACAUGGUCUAAGAAUCAUCCAGACUAUAGAAUCACACAGAGAUCCACAUCAUCCAAGCCUCAGGAAGCAGACACCUACAUGAGUGGUGCUGCUCCACUAUCCGCUGACGGAGUUGGUCAGGCCUCUCAGUUGGGUAGUUAUUCCAGACACAGUUCCAUGUCUUCUAAUGCAGCUUCCAGAUCCAUAUUGUUGCCUCCAAGAGGUACUAGGCGUCCAGUGUUACCCGAGUCUUCAACCAUUGCUGCCUCAGAAGAAUCGUCCUCAUUGGUAAAUCGCUUUGAACCAACCAUCAGACCACAGCUAAUGAGACUCAGACAUAACACAGAUCCCAGUGGAUCCAAAGCUGGUAAAAGCCGUCUCAAAGAAUCAAACAGAUUAAGGUCUGAUGGAGAUAAUGAUUGGGGAACCUUUGAUUCUGUGAACGAUGAUGUGGGGGCCAGAGUUGGUUCUGUUGUAGGCAGACCAGGUAGACGUGGCAAUCCUUUGCUUGCUGCAAGUGAGUCGGAAACUAAAGCAUUUUUCUUUUUCCAAGGCUUGGAUAAUGGAGGGGGAGACACAGGGAAAGAUAAUCACAAGAGAAUCAGAUUAGAACAAGAUUCUGAUGAUGAUGAUGAUGACUACACCAUGAGUAAAUCACCUACCUUCUGAAAUGAAAUGAAAUGCUCCUGAAAAAUCCUGAUUCUUAUCUGAAGUAUCAACGUAAGGUACAAUUAACUGCUGUUAAAACCUACUGUUUAAGUUUGGUUUAACAUAAGUUUUGCAUAGUGUUCAGUUAAUACUCUCUUUGCUGAAUUACUAAAAGUUGUGUUACUCUAUGAGAUGAGAGUUGGGGCAUAUAUCCCUCCCGGUAUGUAAACUUUCAUUUGUGAUUGGUUGGUUGUUUAUUUCAGAGGCUUUCAAAUACUAAAUCAUAAAAAGCUCAAGAAAUAAGUGUGGUUAAUUUCUACAUUGUCGACAUUGCAGUUGGUAAACAUAUGCAAUUUUCUUAAAUGUUUUGAUAGAACAGCAAUUUUUGAAGAGGAAAGUGUCUGCUAGUUUGUGGUCGCCCAUCAUAUUAAUUUUAUUCAUCCUUUUGAAAACAAAAAGAAGUCAGCAAUAAAAUUUCGAAUGUAUAAGCUGUCAA